CUGUAAGUCGCUUUCAGUUUCCACAUGCAUCUAUUCACAAAUCUGCGGUGUUGAACUGUGGGGAAGUCGGACUUGGAGGAUCAUCACGCGUCGGACUAAUCACCUCGUCUGUCAGUUUUGACCAACUUGUUGCGCAGCUGCUAUUUCUAACCUCUCUGGUGCAGUGGCAUAAGGGGUGAUUAGUGCUUCAUCGGCUUUACGGUGAUAUUUUUUGUGAAGGAAGACCGAUGGAUGAAGCGGGGACGUACUAUCGCGGAUCAUUUGAACUUUUUGAUUUUUUUUUUUUAAUGAAGUCCUGUAGCCUACAGUGAAUGUUCGAGUCUCUUAAUAUGGUCUCAGAGGCAGGGGGUGCGAGUCAUGAGCCGGACGCGUCCUUGCCACGGACUAGACUGGAGCCACAGCCUCUUCUACCUGACUUUACUCCUGUGGACCAGACGCAUGAACGGACUGGCUGACUUUUCAAACUACCUGUCCAGGAUCAUCACCAGUCACUCUGCUCACGCUUGUGACGGACAGCCUCUGCGACUCCACUGUCCACGUCACUCCACCAUCUCCAUCCAGUCCGCCUUCUACGGGAGCAGCGAGGUGCGGCUGUGCAGAGCAGACUCUCCACUCGGCGCCCACAACCACAGCUGCUCAGCUUUUACUGCUCUACAGAAACUGCUGUCGGAGUGUCAGAGCCACAGAGACUGCCAGCUGCCUGUUAACCACCUGCUGUUUGGGAAGGACCCAUGUCCUGGCACUGCCAAAUACCUCCAUGUGGACUACAAGUGUAAACCAACUGAACACAAGAAAUAUGUGGCGUGUGAGGGAGAGACGAUGAUCCUGCGCUGUAAGCCCCCCAGGGUUCUGAUCAUCUACGCAGCUGUCUAUGGGAGAGGUCUGGGCCAGACUGACACCUGCCCCUCACACCUGACAAGACCACCCCCAUUUGAGUGUCUGAACCACGAGGCUGUACACUUGGUGUCCAAGUCCUGCUACAGCAAACAGAAGUGCGUUGUUGCUGUCAGCAACCAGACCUUUAGGGACCCCUGCUUUCCAGGAACCAGGAAGUACCUCAGUGUGCUGUAUUCCUGUGUACCACAGAUAUUACUAAGGGAGGCAGACCCUUACGGAUUCAGCACCACCUCAUCUCCUACUGUGGACACAGAAAAAGCUCCUCCUGCAGAUCUGGAGGAGCCUUUCUCCAAAGGGUCAAGAAGGCCAGACAGCUCAGGAGCUAUGAUGAGCAACUCUCUCCUGACCUACGCCUACAUCAAAGAGCAUCCAGAAAUGGCAGCGCUGCUGUUCACCUCCAGCGUGUGCGUUGGUCUUCUGCUCACGCUGCUGGCUGUGUCAGUCCGAGUGACCUGCAGAGUGCGCCCGCUCAGAGAUCACAGACUCGCACCCAAGUCUGGUAGCCAGACCGUCAACUGCCAGGAGGAGGACGAGGAUGAAGAUGAUGAUGAUGAUGAUGAUGCAGAGGGAACAGAAAACUCUUCAAUCUUGGCUGCAGAAAGGAAGGCGAUGUACGGAUGGGAGGAAGUGACUUAUGUGAGCGAGGCAGCCGAACGGGCGGAGAGGAUUGAGCGCAGAGAGAUGAUCAUGCAGGAGAUAUGGAUGAAUGCCUAUCUGAAUGGCACCUCAUGUUAAAUAAACCGUGACCCCUGGAUGCUGUUCAGCACCUUCAAGUUUUUUUUCAGGAUUCUCUGCAGCAGCUCCCAGCCUUUGAUAAUUAACAAAACAAGAAACUUGUUUUUUUGUCUUUAGCGUGUUUUGCCAUUUGUGCAGGAGCACUCACUUUGUGAAGGAUGUAAUGUUUGGGUGAAACUGCGGUAGGCCUACUAGCCAUUUUUAAAUGAUCAACAGGGUUUAAUGCUGUAAAAUGGGUGGUCACAUAAAUUCUGUAAUUGUU